AUGUAUACAGAUUCAGAAGACGAAUUUUUAGACGAAGACUGCGCAAAUCAACUGCUAAAACAGGUUCAGUGCCUAAAAAUUACAGAUGUUGGAACAUUCCUGAGUGUUGUUCCACCAAUUUCACAGCUGAUUAAAUCAAUACCUUUUUCGUUACCAAUUCUUGAUGCAAUCUACACUCGAAUUGCUCAAUUACAGUCACGUGAGGGUAAAUGCUUUCCCAGUGAUGCUCUGCUGUGUGCAGAUUUGUUCCGUCAACUUCUCUGGUGGACAGCGCUAAACGAUAUCGCACAAAACUCCAAUGUCCCAGCCUCAUUAUCAUCAUCAUCGUCGUCGUCGUCACGUCGUGCUGCAAAUUUCUCUGAUGAUACUUAUCAACUCAACUACGGUGUGAAGAUAGAUGAAUUUCAUGGCAAAAAAGUGAAAACAAUCCACUUGAAGUUGUGCUGUCAGUGUAGUGACGAAUUAAAAGAAGAAGAAAAAAAUGAAGAUGAACUGAGAUCUUCUCAAAAUUAUGGCAUACAUAUAAGAACGCUGUUAAGUAUUAUUGAACGAGAAUGCUCUGAAGUCAUUGGAAGAGCGCACAAAGAACGAGCUUUCCUAGCAAGCUGUCUUGAUUCACUGGGUUGUCACGGUCUUGUGAAUUGUUCGACUGGCUUGAUAAGGUUAUUUGAUGCAAUUCGGUUAGAAGCAAAUAAUCAUCAGGAGAAAAUAAGAGGAAUUUCUAAUCGCUUGAAAGAAAUGCAUCGAACCAAUGGAAUACCAAGUUGCGCGAGUCACCAGCGUCAAAUGAACCUCCAUCUGUCAGAAAUUUUUGAACGGCUAAAAAGAAACGAAUAUAUGGAAAAUGUCCUAAAUGGACUUCUCUCUAACCGACAUUUGAGCAGUUUACUACGAAUCGUGCGUAAAAGAAUCCAGUCAGACAAAAUGCUUAUAAGUGUUUUCAAUUUUCUUAACAAAACAGCACCUGCAGAUUUUGUGUUCGAUGAUGUUGACCCAAUUAUCGCAAAGAUUGUUAUUGCAUUUAAAAAUGCUUAUGAUAAGUUGUUACAUAUGAUCUCAACAGAAUCUGAUAGCGGUUAUGGUAAUGAAAGUGAGGGUGGCUGUUGUAGCAGUUGCAGUCGCUCAACUUCUAAAGACGGCUUACCUGUCUUUUCUCACCUUCGUAGAUUUCGUACUACAGAUGACUUUUAUCAUUCUUUUUUUGACCGGCAGUUUAAUAAAAGCAGCAAAAUCAAUCGACGUAUCGCGAAAAGUUUGUCAAGACUAAAUAUUUCAGAAUAUGCAGUUCCUAAUGGAUCUAACUGUGAAAAGCCUGAGAACAACUUCGAGAUCAAAGACGAAGAAAUAGCGGGAAGUAAAAGUGAUUCUGAAAAUGAACAAUUUUGGCUUUUAAAACAACGAUUUAUAAGCGAUCCAAGCUGUCUAGAAACUGACGAAUAUUGUCGUUAUUCAACAGAAGAAGAGAUUGCCGACACCGCUGAAAGGUAUUCGUCAUUAUUUCUUAAUGGACGUAAGGAGGUUAUGAUGGCGCUGAGUUGUUUACCUGAAUUUGGAAGCUCUGAAGAACUGCAACUGAAAACAAUAUUUACUGUUAUCAUUUUAACAUAUCGGUCUGUAUACGGUAGUGUCGCAAGACGCCGUAGUAAGGUGUACGAGGUGCUCGACGAUGAAAUACCCACGAAUAAUGGUAACAUGCAUUUAGAUUUAGCGCUGUAUAGACAUAUGUAUUGGAAAGCAAAAAAUGAAUGUGGGAUGGCAAAUGCUAAAGAGGUAACAUCACAGAUUUGGUCAACGCUUUAUGACUUUCCAUCUUUAAAAACCUGUACCAGAUUUAAUCGGUUUAUUCUGGAAUGCGUAUCUGUAGUAUGGGAUUUGGUGACUGGUAUUGAUGGUAAAUUGCCACGAAUGACUAUCGACUACGAGGGUGAAACGUUUGACCCAAACAAGCAUCAACGUUUUCCAGACAGUUCGACAACUUCGACAGUAAUACAGCAAUUUCUGUGGCCUGCACUAAUCAAUACAACUGAUAACCAAUAUUUGUGCAAAGCUUAUGUGGUCACUUGA